AUGGAUACACGACAACGGUGGAGAUGGAGAUCAACAGCAAAUCUAUUGGAAGUGCAGCAACUUUUUCGAGCUAGUACGGAAGAGGAAUACGAGGAAGAAUUGAACAAGACCAAAACAAAAUGGGCACCACACUUUCUGAAAUAUUUUGAAAAAUAUAUUGAUCAAGGUCGUAAGCAAUUAGGUAAUAUGAGUGUAACUGAUGCAGUGUAG